AUGGAUAUGGAUCAAGCAUUGUUAGGAAACAUCAUUGAGUUGGCAAUAUCAUUACCUAACAGCUUUGAACACUUUGAAGUUUCUGUUGUACAAAGAGAAGCUAACAUUGUAGUUCAUAGAGUGGCUAGAAAUCACUCCUCCCUUGGUGCUGUGAGUUCAGUAGAUGUUACGGGCAUCAUUGGAGGAAUCUCAACUUCGAGUGCAGCUGAUAAAGUGAAAUCUGUUUUGAAACACCAUUUCAUAUAUGUAUUUAGAAGAGUAAAGAGGAUGGAUAGUUUGAAGUCACCUCCUCCAGAAAGCCAGACCAUGAAGAAGGUCUUGACAAUAGCAAUUAUAGUUACGACCCUCUUCUACCUCUGCUGUGGAGGCUUUAAGUAUGCAGCCUUUGGGAAUUUACACCAGGGAACCCCUUGA